AUGUUUAUUGUUGAAUUAUCGAUCCAUAAAACAAUUGAGACCAAUAAUCAGUUUUUUAAAGUCGUGUUCAAUUUUCAUCGGUUAAAUAAAGUUCAACCUGGACAACGGAGUCAACAAAUAAUGUUAGACGGUUAUAGUUCUGAAUCUUCUUCACUAUCCUAUUACGGUUCGUGGGCACCUUCUGCUACUUUAUUAAAUCCAUCCAAAGAUCAUCAUGAUACACCUGAUAUUCCUUCACCAAGUUCAUUACGAAGAGCAAGAUUUGUUAUUCUUCAACAUCAACAAUGA